CCUGCUGCUCGUGUCUAUGGCUGAUGACGCCAGUCGGACGCUGAUCGGACCAAUCAGUCCCACACACCAGCGCGGGCGGGAGGCAUUGAACGUGCAGUGUUUCAUGCAACAACUCCUUUAAAGUGUCCUUCUUAUUGCACUGUUGGUUUGGCGCAUUGGGUCAACUGAACAGGUGAGAUGUUGAGCUCCAAGCUGCUGACCCUGGUGCUGGUGGUCCAGCCGGGCAGAGUGCUGCUCGGCAUGAAGAAGAGAGGAUUUGGGGCUGGGAAGUGGAAUGGCUUUGGGGGCAAAGUUCAACAUGGAGAAAGCAUUGAAGAGGCUGCGAGGAGAGAACUGCUGGAGGAAAGUGGCCUCACGGUGGAUGCUCUUCAGAAGGUCGGAAACAUCAAAUUUGAAUUUGUUGGAGACACAGAGCUACUCGACGUCCAUAUUUUCAGAGCCGAUGCUUAUAAUGGAGAACCAACAGAAUCAGAUGAAAUGAGGCCUCAGUGGUUUGAAUGUCACCAAAUUCCUUUCAGUCAGAUGUGGGCUGAUGACAUCCUGUGGUUCCCCCUGAUGCUCCAAAAGAAGAAAUUUGUUGGAUACUUCAAGUUUCAGGGGCACGAUGUGAUUCUCAGCCACAAACUGGAGGAAGUGGAGGAGCUGUGAGACAACCUGGGGGGGAACUGAGUUUCUGAGGAAAUUUAUUUAAAAAAGUACCAACCUUCCAGAUUUCUUCUUUAAAUGUUGAAGAUGUCACACGGUUCAGUUUCAUUUGUGGGAGGAAACAGCGGGACUCUGAGGACUCAACAAAACCACGUUAACUGUACAUUGUAGAGUUUACAUGUAAAAAAUACUGUAACAUAGUGAUUUAACUUUUUCUUUAAAUAUUACCUUUUUUUCCAAUCAGUUUCAAAUUCAAACCAAAAACAAAUCAAAGCAGCAGUACACUAAAAGAAAUAACCAUUGUGUCAUUUUAUUUUUCAGAAUAACUCAUUUAACACAAUUCAGCAAGGAUUUCUUGAAUAAAAUAUUUACAAUAUCUACAGUAGUACAUUUAUUGUGUUUCAUAUUCUGUGCAAGUUAACUAGAUUCUUGAUAAUACUUUUUUUUCCACAAACAAAUGUUUCAUACUGUAUGCACAGUAUUCUUCAGAAAAUAAAUGUUGAACUUUGUGCACACAUCCUGA